CAGAUGGAUCCAGUAGAAGCAGGUGAUUGGAUAGCCGGUCGGCCACUUCAACUUGUCUUCCUGUCGGGAUUAAAUCCAGUGAAUAAGCCAGCUCACAACAGUAUCGUCAAUGUCUUCCGAAACCGCACAGCCGACAAACCACCACUUCAUAUUCGCGUAGUUUCCGGAGAAUUGGAUAUUCCACCGAAACGGGAGACUGGGUCAGGAAAAGGAAUUCUCCGCCGUGAGUGGCCUCAAAAGUAUCUGGAUAAGGUACCGGCACUGAUUGUCGUGUUCAUUGAUUUAGAAUGGGAUCAUCCAUCUUGGGAAGAGAAGAAGACUGAAGCAGAGAGCAAAGUUGCAAGUAUAAGAGGAUCGCUGCGUCAUGGGACGAAAAUUGCGCUCGUUUUGAUUCAGCAAAAAUCAACAAGCAUCAGUGACAAUCUGGCAGCAGACAGAGCUCACGAACUUUGCCAAGCAUGUUCCCUCUCGUCAAAACAACUUUUCAUACUUCCCGCGGACAAUUUAUUGGCUCCGAAUACCACAAAUCUGCAGAAUUUCGCGUUAAAACUCGAGCUAGCAUUCCAUGAACUGUGCCAAGCAUUCUAUCAACAAAGAUUGAAAACUAUUCGAUCUAGAAAUAUUCCGAAUAACUCGCCGGCGUUAGUCGUACGACAACAAUUCAAAUUGGCGUUUCUGUCAGAACUCAGACAGGAUACUCAUACAGCAUUGAGAAAUUAUCGAUUGGCUUAUGAUCAAUGUCGGGAUACAGUUGAACAAUGGGAUGGAGUCGAUGUUUUUGAGUGGAGAAGUGUUGUUGGAUUGCUUAAUUAUAAGAUGUGCGAAUUAUGUUUCCUCCACAGUACGGCACUCGAAGCAAUCAAUCAAAUGCGACGUCACACGACAGUAUUCUUCUCUUCAUCACCGGGAAUCUAUCCAACACCACAUCUUGCUUCAAUUGAACUUUUGCUCUGGAAAUCCAAGCAAUGUUAUCAAUUUGCACAUUUAUUCGAGAGAUCAGUUGCCGGCGGACUAUCGGCACUUGCCACUUUGAAUCCUGGAACACAUUUGGAUCAAGCUGCUAGUAUUUAUUCCGCUGCGAAUACUGAAAUUGCUGCGUUGAAGAGAAAUGCUCCACAAAAUGUGCCAUACCCAUCCCCAGAUCCAUUGGCAAACUCUUCCAGUACUGUAUUUUUCGGCCAACGUCCAUGGAGAAUAAAUCAUGAAGGAUUGGCAACUGCAGAAGUUGAAGCUGCUGCAGUUACAGCAAUUAUUCAAAGGCUUGUAGUCAAUCAUGAAGGUGUAAUUUCAUUGUUAUCAGCUGCAUUGGCUCAAUAUCAGAAAUAUGGAUGUUUGAGAAUGAAGAAGAAGGUUAUGAUGGAGAUGGCUAACACAUGCUACGCAAACAACGAAAUCCAGCGGGCUCUGCGGUUCUGGGGACUCGUAGUAAAAGAUAAUGCUCUACCGUACUCUAUUCGUAAGGAUAUGAUGCAUCGUGCCACGUGGGCCGCCUACGCAAUCACCAGUAUUCAAGACUACGCAGUAUGCUGUAUGCAGUUAAUGUGUCCCGCAUAUUCAGAAGUUCUUCCCUCGGAUUGUGUUAAAGGCCUUUUAGAUGUUCUCGACGGAAAACCACCUGGAUCACCGUUUCCAAACGAUGAUAUCUCACAAGAGCAGCUCCACACAUACCAACUCCAAUGGCAGCAUGUGCUUCAAGAACACCCGGCAUUUGUAGUUCAAGCCUCCAAAAUCGCAGAACUAUUCCUGGAAACGCGCGUCUCGUUUCUCGAUCAACAAACCGUCGAGCAGGAUUCAAAAGUGGCGGUUAGAGUCGAAAUUGUGUCGAAGAUCGAACAAGUCAUACGAUUAAAUGAUGUAUCAGUUCAUCUGAAAGCCAAAAAAUUCCCACCAGACGCAAAUCAGACUGCAAACGACGCGGAUUGUCUGAUCUACGAUCCGAUUCAUUUGGGAAGUGUUGAAGUCAGCAAAUCGAAACCCUUGCAACGUGUCGUCUUGUUGGAUUUGAAGAACGCGAAACAAAAUUGGAUUGUUACAGUCACUAAAGUGACGUUGGAUUUGGGAAACGCUAUCAGAGGAAACAUUGAAUUUGAUGAGAAUGCACUGAAUAGAAAUUGCCACGUGGAGAAUAUUAUCGGAUUGGAGUUCUUGAAAAUUGGGGUCGCAAAAACAAGUGUGAAACUGGAGAGUGUGGAGAAAGUUGACUGUCUGAUUGGUGAAGUGACAAGCACCGAGCUAACAAUUCGAAACACUUGCAAAUCGUCGCCAAUUCACGGUCUUCAGUUGGAUUUCAAGAGGAAAGAGCAAAAGCAUGCGGAAGCCGCCGCUGUGUUGUUCGUCGAGCAAGAUGGUACCGAACUCAAGUCAGAAUUCUCGAAAAGCGUUUGUGAGCAGUUGGGUGCUGGUGAGAUGGCCAAAAUUCCUGUGAUGUUCUCCGCACAACUUGUUGGCGACUACGUGCUCCAAUUGGAACUAUCCUACAAAAUUUCGGAAGACGGGAUCCUUGUGACAAAAUCAACCAUGCUCGAAGUCGGCGUUACCGCAAAAGAGCCGUUCACCGUAACCAGCACCGUCAUGAAUAUGAAUGGAAUUCCAAUGACAUCGAUUUUGAACAACUGUGAUCAUAUCCUGAAUGCAAGCAUACAGUCAGCUGCUUCUAUUGUUAUCAGCUCAGUGGAGUUUUUGAUGGCCGACGUUGUAACUCUCUGUGAUACAAUUAACGGUGGAUCUGGCAAGAAUUUGAACGAUAAGGUGCAUUCGGAGGAAGUGAUCUGCUACUCGGCGGUAAUCCGUGUUCUCGUGAAGGAAGAUGAAUCUGAAACACCUCUUGGAAGGAUGUCUGUGGAGUGGAGAAGAGCUGUUCCGAAUUCGUGUCCAGUGCGAUCAGUGGCUCCAUUGUGCAGAAUUCCUGUUCUCGCAUGCCCAAUUUCGAUUUCUUCCCACAUCAAGACAAAUCCAGCAAUAGUCCGACAGCCGAUUGAAAUCUGUUUCGAACUCAAAAGCCAUUCCAAAGAGGCCGUCGAAAUCUCUACCAAUUUCGACCUCAACGACGUGUUCAUGUUCAGCGGAGAGAGAAAGGUGACAAUGACAGUUUUACCGGGAGCCACGCGGCGAGUUACGGUGGUUGUGAUGGCGUUGAGUGCUGGAAGACUCAAUUUCCCAAAGAUUUCCUUAAAAUCUCCACAAAUUUCGGACCAAACACUUCAACAAUCGCUUCGCACCCUACCCGCUGCCAUUUUCGUCUUGCCGAAAGCAAAGGACUUGGCUCCACACCCAUAAAUCCUAUUUUAUUCUAUGUAUUAUGAUGAUUUUAAUUUGUUUACUCGAAUUCCGUUAAAUAAACUGGUCAGCUUUC